AUGUCCGAAACAUGGGUCCCGCUCGAGGCAUCUCCCGACUGGGCGCACUCCCUUGGACUCCCGCAGGCCCUUACAUUCCAAGACCUACUCUCCCUUGAGCCCGACUUCCUCUCUUAUGUCCCUCAGCCGGUCCAGGCUGUGCUCCUUCUCUUUCCCAAUCCACCAGGCGGAGAUAGCCUCCAUGCGACAAGGUUGAAGGAAGCCCAUGAUGCGCCGCCAUGGAAAGGGGAGGAUGUAUGGUGGGUGAGACAGACGAUACCCAAUGCGUGUGGCUCCAUGAGUCUGCUUCAUGCGCUGUUGAACCUUCCUGAUGGGGUACUCGAGCUCGACUCAGCCCUCGUCAAGUUCAAGCAGGACUCUCUCAGUCUAGACCCGGCCGCCCGUCAGAAGCUGUUGGAAGAAGCGGACUUCUUUAGGGAGGCGCACACGGCAGCAACAACAGCUGGUCAGAGCGCCAUCCCGGAGGAUCUGAACGUGGAUGGCCAUUUCCUGGCUUUUGUCGAAGCAAGGAACACCGAAGGCGAAAUGAGGGUGAUCGAGCUGGACGGAGCUACAAGGAUUGGGCCGUUCGACCAAGGACCUUGUACGUCGCUAUUGCACGACGGAGCGGCCAUUGUCCGUGACAGAUAUAUCGCUCAAGCAGGGGAGGAUAUCCGCUUCACCCUCUUGGUAUUGGCUCCGGCUGUUGAGAGCAACAUGUAG